CUCAUCCCUAACGUCUCCUUUCUCGAUAUACCUCCUCUUUCUCCGAUAUCCUUAGUUUAUUAUCUCCUCAGAAAACUACCCCGCUUCCCCUUCCGUUACCAAACACAGCCAUCAUGACCGCCCCAGCCCACAAGUUCAAGGUCGCUGACAUCUCAUUGGCCGCCUUCGGCCGCCGGGAGAUUGAACUCGCCGAAGGGGAGAUGCCUGGCCUCAUGGCCAUUCGUGCCAAAUACGCCGAAUCCCAGCCAUUGGCGGGUGCUCGCAUUGCCGGAUGUCUUCAUAUGACCAUCCAAACCGCCGUUUUGAUCGAGACGCUCAAGGCCCUUGGUGCUGAAGUCACUUGGACCAGCUGCAACAUUUUCUCCACUCAAGAUCACGCUGCGGCUGCCAUUGCUGCCUCAGGAACCCCUGUAUUCGCCUGGAAGGGUGAGACCGAGGAGGAGUACGACUGGUGUCUUGAACAACAGCUGGUUGCAUUCAAAGAUGGAAAGCACCUCAACCUCAUUCUUGACGACGGUGGUGACUUGACUGGUCUUGUGCACAAGAAGUACCCUGAGAUGCUUAAGGACUGCUACGGACUAUCAGAGGAGACUACCACUGGUGUUCACCAUCUGUACAGAAUGUUGAAGAACAAAGAGCUUCUUGUUCCCGCUGUCAAUGUUAACGACUCGGUCACCAAGUCCAAGUUCGACAACCUUUAUGGGUGCAGAGAAUCUCUCAUUGACGGAAUCAAACGUGCCACUGAUGUCAUGAUUGCUGGGAAGGUUGCUGUUGUUGCUGGGUUCGGCGACGUUGGAAAGGGAUGUGCCCAGGCCCUGCACAGCAUGGGUGCCCGUGUCAUUGUGACCGAGAUCGACCCUAUCAAUGCCCUUCAGGCUGCUGUGUCUGGUUUCCAGGUCACCACCAUGGAGGAGGCUGCCCCAGUUGGUCAAAUCUUCGUUACCACCACUGGGUGCCGUGAUAUUUUGACUGGCGAGCACUUCUCCGUCAUGAAGAAUGACGCUAUUGUUUGCAACAUUGGUCACUUCGACAUUGAGAUUGAUGUUGCUUGGCUCAAGGCCAACGCCAAAUCUGUCCAGAACAUCAAGCCCCAGGUCGACCGCUUCCUCAUGCCAAACGGCCGCCACAUCAUCCUCCUUGCCGAGGGCCGAUUGGUCAACCUUGGCUGUGCCACUGGCCACUCCUCCUUUGUCAUGUCUUGCUCCUUCUCCAAUCAAGUCCUUGCCCAGAUCUUGCUCUACAAGUCUCAAGAUGAAGAAUUUGGCAAGAAGUACGUCGAGUUCGGCAUCACCAGCGGCAAGCGAGAUAUCGGUGUCUACGUCCUCCCCAAGGUUCUUGAUGAGCAGGUUGCUCUUCUGCACCUUGAGCACGUCAAUGCCAAGCUGUCCAAGCUCACGCCCAAGCAAGCAGAAUAUCUGGGCUUGGAGAUCGAUGGUCCUUUCAAGGCUGAGAUCUACCGUUACUAAAUCUAUUCUCUUUUAUUUUUCGGUGCAUAUACAACUGCGCAAUAUGCUGGGGUGUGCAUGCAUGACACAUAGACAUUUCAACAUGAGGCUACGAUGUUAUGAAUAAAUCGCAGGGCUACUAUUAGUCCAUCAUUUAGACCCGGGACCCAGGAAAUAUUAAAAGCACUUGUCCUUCAACGGCAAAACUUGUCAAAUUCGCAUAAUAUGGGGUUACUGUUUUCUUUUUUCUUUUCACUUCCUUCAGUUUGGUUCAUAUUUUUGCGCGUCGGGUAAAUAAUACUCUUUUUAACUUAUUCUAUUUUUCGUUGGUGUUUUUGACUUGUGUUGUUUAUUUUGUCCCCUUCUUAUUUGUGUCAGUUGAUGGUUUUCAACAAGGGCAACUCAGACGUUCUAGAAAGCAUCAACGCUAUUCUAUAUUCUCGGAGCCACGUUUCCUUCUAAAACCCCCCGGGGCUCCAAGGAAAUCCUGGAGGGUCAUUAAUAAGAUUCCCCCUCUAAAAAUAAAUUUCAAGAUUUCAACAUAGCAACUUGUAUCUUGUAACCCGUAACUUUUGCGUUUGUCGAUUGAAAACAAGUAGGGACUUUGGUUGUCAAAUAUCACGGGAAAAGCCCCAUGAAUGCUCAAGAAGUUCAUAAUCUUUCGUUCAGCCUCCUAAAUGAAAAGUAUGAAUCGAAAA